GGCGGCGCGGCGGCGCGGCGGCGCAGCGGCGCGGCGAGACCCCGGGGUGCGGGGCGGGGGAUCCCCAGUCCCCGCCCUGCCUUCCCCCCCCCGCCCCACACCCCACCUCCUCCACGCCCCUCCCCCCUCCUCCCCUCUGGUUGGAAAGUUUCUAGAACCCGUUCCCGGCGGCCCUUGCGGUUCCAACAUGGCGGAGCUGACGGUGGAGGUUCGCGGCUCCAACGGGGCUUUCUACAAGGGAUUUAUCAAAGAUGUUCAUGAGGAUUCCCUGACAGUUGUUUUUGAAAAUAAUUGGCAGCCUGAACGCCAAGUUCCAUUUAAUGAAGUAAGAUUACCUCCUCCUCCCGAUAUAAAAAAAGAAAUUAGUGAAGGAGAUGAAGUAGAGGUUUAUUCAAGAGCAAAUGACCAAGAACCAUGUGGAUGGUGGCUUGCCAAAGUUCGGAUGAUGAAAGGAGAAUUUUAUGUCAUCGAAUAUGCUGCUUGUGAUGCCACUUACAAUGAAAUUGUCACCUUUGAACGACUCCGACCUGUCAAUCAAAACAAAACUGUCAAAAAAAACACCUUCUUUAAAUGCACAGUAGAUGUUCCUGAGGAUUUAAGGGAGGCGUGUGCUAAUGAAAAUGCACAUAAAGAUUUCAAAAAAGCAGUGGGAGCAUGCCGGAUUUUUUACCAUGCUGAAACCACACAGUUAAUGAUACUGUCUGCCAGUGAAGCAACUGUGAAGAGGGUCAAUAUUUUAAGUGAUAUGCAUUUGCGAAGUAUUCGUACCAAACUGAUGCUUAUGUCAAGAAAUGAAGAAGCCACCAAACAUUUAGAAUGUACAAAACAAUUGGCAGCAGCGUUUCAUGAAGAAUUUAUUGUGAGAGAAGACUUAAUGGGUCUUGCAAUAGGAACCCAUGGUAGUAAUAUUCAGCAGGCUAGAAAGGUUCCAGGAGUCACAGCAAUUGAACUGGAUGAGGAUACUGGAACAUUUAGGAUCUAUGGAGAGAGUGCUGAUGCUGUAAAAAAGGCUAGAGGUUUCUUGGAAUUUGUGGAGGAUUUUAUUCAGGUUCCUAGAAAUCUAGUCGGAAAAGUUAUUGGGAAAAAUGGCAAGGUGAUUCAAGAGAUUGUGGACAAGUCUGGAGUAGUUAGGGUGAGAAUUGAAGGAGACAAUGAAAAUAAACUACCAAGAGAAGAUGGAAUGGUCCCGUUUGUAUUUGUUGGCACUAAAGAAAGCAUUGGAAAUGUGCAAGUUCUUCUAGAAUAUCAUAUUGCUUACCUAAAGGAAGUAGAGCAGCUACGAAUGGAGAGACUUCAGAUUGAUGAGCAGCUCCGGCAGAUCGGUAUGGGCUUCAGACCCUCUUCCACCAGAGGGCCUGAGAAAGAGAAGGGCUAUGCCACUGAUGAGAGCACCGUUUCUUCUGUACAAGGUUCUAGGUCUUACAGUGGAAGAGGCAGAGGUCGUCGGGGCCCUAAUUAUACAUCUGGCUAUGGCACAAAUUCUGAACUAUCGAAUCCCUCUGAAACAGAGUCGGAACGUAAAGACGAACUGAGUGAUUGGUCACUGGCUGGAGAAGAUGACCGAGAGAGUAGACACCAGCGGGACAGCCGGAGACGCCCUGGAGGGAGAGGGCGAAGCGUUUCAGGGGGUCGAGGGCGUGGGGGGCCCCGUGGUGGAAAGUCAUCAAUUAGCUCCGUGCUUAAAGAUCCAGACAGCAAUCCUUACAGCCUGCUUGACAAUACAGAGUCUGACCAGACUGCAGACACUGAUGCCAGUGAGUCCCAUCACAGCACUAACCGCCGCCGGCGGUCUCGUAGACGGAGGACUGAUGACGAUGCUGUCCUCAUGGAUGGAAUGACAGAGUCAGACACCGCUUCUGUUAAUGAAAAUGGUCUAGAUGAUAGUGAAAAAAAACCCCAGCGACGCAAUCGUAGCCGCAGGCGUCGUUUCAGGGGUCAGGCAGAAGAUAGACAGCCAGUCACAGUUGCAGAUUAUAUAUCCAGAGCUGAGUCUCAGAGCAGACAAAGAAACUUGCCAAGGGAAACUUUGACUAAAAACAAGAAAGAAAUGGCAAAAGACGUGAUUGAAGAGCACACGCCUUCAGAAAAGGCCGUCAACGGCCCCACCAGUGCGUCUGGCGAUGAAGCAUCCAAGCUGCAGCGCGGCCCUGAAGAGGAGAAGUCCGGCGUCUCGAAAGAAGAGGAGAAUUCUCCCGAGGAAGCCGCCGUGCUCAACGGCGUGUCAUAAACUGAAGUUGCUAGUUUACAGUUCUUUUACAUUACAUUUUACAAUAGUGCUCGUACAGCUUGCCAAAGAUAGGAUACGGAUCGCCAGUCUUGACACCGCACUUUCAGUUCCUCCAUUUGGAAUAAAGAAAGGGGAGGGAUCCUGAAGAAAUCAUAUGUUAAAACAUUCUUUGACACCUACUGUGUUAUAAAUAUAUCAUCAGAUGUGCCUUGAGAUAGUAUAUGUAACAUUAAAAAGAAUUGCUGGCUAUA